UCUGGACCUUUGGGCUCCGCCCCUGGGCACGCUCACCGAGCUCUGGACCGCGCCCCCAAAGUAUCAGGCCGCGCCCCGGAGCCCUGGCCACGCCCACCCCGCAGGAAUCCGACAGGGCCAUGGGGACACCCAGCACCCCAGAGGAGGGCUUCUCGUCGCCGCAGGUUCCUGAGUGCACCGCCGAGGUCCAGCCUCGAGGGGCCAUGCAGCCCCAGGGGCACCCCGAGGAGCCCCAGGGACGCUCGGAGUCCGAGGUUCCCCCGGAGCUUCCGAGCUGCCGAGGAGCUGAGCGGCGGCAGGCCGAGGAAGAGGAAGACGUGGGAGAAGGUAGCAGCACCGAGAGCUGCCGCGAAGAGCCCGAGGCUACGCCUGCCGCGCAGAUUGCAGCCACUCCUUCCCCAAGGCUCCCUCCUGGGGAAGGGAUGCGAGAGGCGGCGCGGCGACUGCGAGGGCGGCUGCGGGGGCAGCAGCUGGAGGCGCUGACCCGCGUGGCUCUGAUGGAGCAGCGGGUGAAGGAGUUGCAGCGCCAGAAGAAGGAAUUGAGGAUCGAGAUGGAAGUGGAGGUGGCCCUGCUCCGGGGUGAACUGGCCGGGGAACGGGUCGCAGCUCGGCGGGAGGAAGAGCAGCUGAAGGAGCUGCUGGGCCAGCAGGUGGAGUCUCAGCAGAGCCGCCAGGAGCUGCGGGAACAGGAGCAGAGGCAGCUGAGCCAGGAGCGGGAUCAUGUGCAGAGUCUUCGCCAGAGACUGAGCGAGGCCCAAGGACAGCUUGAUAGGCAGCCAGAGGACCAGAGAGAGCGGCUCUCGCAGGGAGUACAGGAGAUCAGAGAGCAGCUAGAUGCUGCCCAACGUGCCUAUGAGGACCUGGAAUUCCAGCAACUGGAACGGGAGAGCCGCGUGGAAGAGGAACGUGACAGCCCUGAAGUCCGAGCCCCAGACUCCAAGGUCCGAGAACUUCAGGCCAGCGUGGCUCAGCACAGGCGCCGCAUCCAGGUCUUGGAGGAACAGCUCAAGUCCCUGGGGGAGCAGAUGGCUGCUGAGAGCUGGGGGCUCAGCAGGAAGAAGGAGGAGGCUGUUCAGGCCCUCACAGAGGAACGGAGCCGGCUGUUUGAGCUCAAUUGUCUUCAGGGAACAUGCAGUCCGGACUUCUCUGACCCCGACCAAGCACACACUAAGCUGCUGUUCACACAGAAGACGGACCGUCAGCUGCUGGUUCUGCAGGACCCCAGUGCAAAUGCUGCCUCCACCUCUUCCUGCCUCUUCUCGGUCCACAGCUCCCUGAAGGGGUCUAUCGGUCUCCAGAGAACAGGAAGCCUGCCCCGGAGGAGGGGAGACAGGGCCAGCCAGAGGGGGUCCCCCCGACCUCUGUCCUUCCAUUGUACAGGACCCAUGGAGGCCUCGGCCCUUGCCCAAGCAGUGGGAACUCCUGGGAGACACCCUUUCUACCAGCUGGUCAACUGUGGCCCUGGGAAUAGACAAUUGGCAAUUCACCCAGACAUCGCCCACAUGGAGCGGCUCCUGCAGAAGGCUGUGGCUGAGAGGGAAAGGCUGCUCAAGGCCAGGGAAGGGAUGAGAAGAAGCCCAGAAGGUUCCACAGGCCCUUCAGUUCCUGCCAUCACGGCCCCGCCUCCGCCCCCACCCCCACCGCGCCCUCCAGGUCCCCGGGUCCUGGACCUCCCACAGCACCUGGAACGCUGGGGCCACAAUCCGGAAAGCUGUCCCCACUUGCGGGUGUCCGGGGGCUGCUGUCGCGGGCCCCUGGUGAAGAUGGGUGGCCGCAUCAAAACCUGGCGGAAACGCUGGUUCUGCUUUGACCGGCAGGCUCGCCGCCUGGCAUACUAUGCGGACAAGGAGGAGACCAAGCUCAAAGGUGUCAUCUACUUCCAGGCCAUCGAGGAAGUCUACUAUGACCACUUACGCUGUGCCUUCAAGAGCCCCAGUCCCCGCCUGACUUUCUGCGUGAAGACCUAUGAACGUCUUUUCUACAUGGUGGCUCCCAGCCCGGAAGCCAUGCGUAUUUGGAUGGACGUCAUUGUGACCGCUGCGGACGAAAACCACGCCCCUUGAGGAAGACCGUCCCGGCGAACCCCGCCCCUACGCGUACCGUCCGGCCUCCGGGCCCCGCCCACUUAGGAAGCUCUCGGCCCCGCCCCUUUUGUAAUUUUCCUGGGAAGUCUGCAGCCGCUCCAACUCAGCUGGCCUGAGCCUCGGAGUUCCGGGCUGCAGGUGGCUUCCAGCGGUGGCAUCGCCAGGCCCUGGAGGCCCUGCUUGGGGCAGGAGGAAGAUUACAGGGGGCGGAAGGAACUAUUUAUUGGUGCUUCUCUGAUACCGAAUUAAACAUGGUGGAAAACCA